AUGCCUGUCCUAUCUAACUUUUCUAUCCCUCGCAAGUCAACUGGUGCAGAAAGUGAAAACUUGAUCCCAUUGAUUCCGACAAGUCCUACUGAUGAUGAGGAGAACCAAGACCUUCUGCGCGAGUUCACCUGCAAGCGCAAUCCCGACCAAAAGAGGAGCGCAACCUACACCCUGAAGAUUCCUCCCUUAAAGAAUCCCAAGCCAGAAAAGCUUUUGGAAAUCCUUGAACUUGUUGAAGAAGCCUGGAAGGGACAAGCAAUCGUCACUGCCGAAGACCGGGCUCAUUUCCUCGAGCAACUCAUGGGUGAAUCCGAAAGAACCACCUUUCGAAACGCCCUACCCAUUGACGGAACCAUUACUGAUACCGGUCUUGAACGAGCCAUCGAGAUUCUUAAAAAGACCAUUUUCCCACACAAUGCCGCGCGACUACAGAAGAAAGCGCUACGUGGCAACGGUUUUCGCAAGCGUCUUUGA